AAUUCAAUAACAUGAUUUUGAUUUUUUAAUUUAAUGAAAUUAUACAAAGAAAAGUGUUUCAUUGUUAGUACUUGUUUAAAUUUUAAUUUAUUUUCCUAAUACCAAUUUCAACCUUAAUUGUUGAACAUAGCGGAAAACUUGGAAGCAUAAAAAUGGAAUUUCCCUCACUCGGAGAGCACUGCCAAAAUGAAGAAUGUAAACAAAAAGACUUUCUACCUUUGCAAUGUAAAUGUGGAAAGGUAUACUGCCGCGAACACUUUGGUGAACAUUGUACCUCAGGUCUUUGUGAAAUGGCUCCAAAACCUAAAGAUGUCAAUUUAAAGAAUGACGAUGAAAUAUUUCGAUGUUCAAGCAAAGGUUGUAAAAAAGGAAAUUUACAUGAGAUGUUGUGCAGCAAAUGUAAUAAACAUUAUUGCAUCGAACAUAGAUUUCAUCCAUCAUGCCCUGAAAUAGAUGAUGAAACCAUGGCAAUGAAAAUAGAACAGUAUGAAGCACCGAGGAAACAAUUUCAUGAAGCCAACAAACAUUUGCAGCAAAAGAUAACAGAAAACAUAAGAAAAGCUCUACAAUCAUCGGCAAAAGUUAAAACUGCAACAAAAAUCCAUCUCAUGAGAAUAAAACAAAAGGCCUUAGGACCUAAAUCAAUACCAGUUGCAGAAAGAUUAUAUUUCGCUAUUAAGAAACCUGAAAAUAUGGAUGCGAAACCUAUAAAAAUAAUUACAGAUGUUAAUAAUGUGGAAUUAAUUGAAACAUUAACUUUGGAUCCGGAUUUAAAAGAUACUGUUCCAAUAUUUAUUAGUUCAAAGUGGUCAUUGGGUAGAGUACUGGAUAGUAUUAGUGAUACUUGCAAUAUUAGAAAUGAUAACAAUAAAUCCGGAGAUGUCAAACUGAGACUUUUCAGACAGUUAGAUGGAUAUUGUAUAAGUCCUUUGAAGAUGGAUGUGGAAAUGAGCGAUUUAAUAAAAAAAGAGAUUUUAGUCGAAGGUGACAAAUUAGUUGUGGAGUAUAUUAAUAAUACUGUAUUGAAUAAUCUGGAUGAAAAUUCACAUAUAUUCCUGUUAAGUUAAU